AACAUUCUGUUUCUUUCUAGGUUAUUCAUUCUGUUACUUAUCAACGUCCUGUUGUUCUACAAACUGUGGUCUCUAGAAGAUGAAAUGAUUCGAGUGGCACCAGCUAAUCCCCAGAUAUUUGACGUACCUCGAGGAAGGUUAGAAGAAUUUUCUGUUGAUGACUGGCUUCAAUUAGUGAAAAGACAAGAAAAACUGCAUCAAGUCGAGAGUGAACGUUGGAAAGAUGUACUUGGAGACGUCUUAAAGGUUAUCAAAAUUGUGGAGGUAUCUUUGAUGGAUCUGAAGAGCAACACGGAUUUGUACAAAUCUCUCCUCCUAUUUAAUUUAGACAGUGUCACUCAGGUGAAAGGUUCAACAGAAAGUUUGAAUGUAGAAUUAUCGAACAAAUCUAAAGACACGUUAACACCACGUGGUUCAGAUGAUAAGAAAUUCACAUAUCGUAGCUCAUCCGACGAACCUUCAGUAUUACCGAGUUUAAACAUGGACACUCCAAAGUCCUGUAUUUUACAUAAAACCAAAGCAUCAUUUCCUUACCAAUUUUACAAAGAGCAUGAAAUAACCUGUGCCAAACCAACUUAGUAUAAUAAUACUGAACUUUUGAGUAACUAAGC